ACCACCCACUAAGCAUCCAGCAGCUGCAGCCCAUCUCCCCCAGGCCAAGCCCGAGGGAUUUUGGUGGGAAAGGGAAAGGCAGGGGCUGGGGUGGGGGAACGAGAAGAGAGCCAGACAUGCUGGUGGCCAAGUCUCCUGCUUUCGUGUGCUUCCUGGUCCUGUCCUUGGAGUGCUGUACGGGGGAGCCGGUAGAGCGAGGGGCGGAUAAAGCACCCACGGAGGGAGUCCCCCUGGUGACAGAGGCAGAGGAUCUGGGAUGCCCGGUGUGCAUGUGGCGGAAACACAGCAAGGAGAUGAGGCUGGAGAGCAUCAAAUCGCAGAUCCUCAGCAAGCUCCGGCUCAAGGAGGCUCCGAACAUCACCCGGGAGGUGGUGAACCAGUUGCUGCCCAAGGCCCCCCCACUGCAGCAGAUCCUGGACUUGCACGACUUCCAGGGCGACUCUUUCCAGCACGACGACUAUCUGGAGGAAGACGAGUACCAUGCCACCACCGAGACUGUCAUCAGCAUGGCACAAGAAACGGACCCUGCGGUACAGAUUGAAGGCAAUCCACACUGUUGUUUCUUCAACUUCAGCCCCAAGAUUAUGUUCACCAAGGUAGUGAAGGCACAGCUCUGGGUGUACCUGCGACCUGUUCAGCAUACCUCCACAGUCUACCUACAAAUCCUGCGCCUCAAGCCAGUGACAGAAGAUGGUAGCCGCCACAUCCGAAUCCGCUCACUCAAGAUCGACCUGAACUCGCGUAUUGGCCACUGGCAGAGCAUUGACUUCAAGCAUGUGCUGCAGAACUGGUUCAAGCAGCCACAGAACAACUGGGGUAUUGAGAUCAACGCUUUUGAUCCCAAUGGCAAUGACCUGGCCGUCACCUCGCUUGGGCCCGGCGCUGAAGGCUUGCACCCCUUUAUGGAGCUGCGCGUGCUGGAGAACAACAAACGGUCCCGGCGGAAUUUGGGGCUAGAUUGUGAUGAGCACUCAACUGAGUCCCGGUGCUGUCGCUACCCACUGACCGUUGAUUUUGAGGCUUUCGGCUGGGACUGGAUUAUCGCCCCCAAGCGGUACAAAGCCAACUACUGUUCAGGCCAGUGCGAGUAUAUGUUCAUGCAGAAAUAUCCUCACACCCAUCUGGUGCAGCAGGCCAAUCCCCGGGGCUCAGCGGGGCCUUGCUGUACACCCACCAAGAUGUCUCCCAUCAACAUGCUGUACUUCAAUGACAAACAGCAGAUAAUCUAUGGCAAAAUCCCGGGCAUGGUUGUUGACAGGUGUGGCUGCUCUUAAACCCCCUGCCUGUCCUGUCACACCCUUCUCUCAAUUCCCCUGGAUUCCUGCUUCGGCAAUGCACCCUGACGCUGAUGAAUCCAUUCCUUAGCAUUUUAAAACAUUUUUGAAGAGAAAAUAAUUGUGAGAAAAGAACAAGAUGAAUAGAAUUGUAUUGAAAAUCUCUGAAGUGACAUCAUGCGCUGUGCAAUAAUCAAAACAGACGUCACGUUAUUGGAGAGUGGAUGAGUUGGCUUGGAUCAAUACUUUCCUCCCUGAGGCAGAUCUGAAUCAAGCAUUCUUCUUUUCCCCUCCAAAACCCUUUGACCCAUCACUGCUCAAGCUUUACUUUUACUGGCAUCCUCUCUUUCUUCCUACCCCUUUUCUCUCUUGAUCUGGGAGCAAAAAUGGCUAUAAAGUUCAUCAGAAAGAGAGAGGCUCUUCAACCCGUUUACAAACAGCGAAAGCUUCCUAGAUUGUGAUUGUUAAGUUAAAUAAAAUGUUGUAUGGAGCUAUAGACAUAAAGAGGAAAAAAGAGGUAAAUAUUUUGUAUUAAGAUGAAGAAAGAAGGAGAAGGGGACCAGCCAGCUUGGGGCAUAUUUGGCAUUUUGUUUUGAAGUUGUUUGGGGAGUGGGGAGGGAGAGUAUGGUGUGGGAAUCUAAGGGUUGCUGAACCUGCCUGCCUUUUGAGAGACAGAAUCCCUAAAGAGAUAGGAGACUCCAAAGAAAUGGAAACUGGGACCCCCAAAACAUUUUUGUGUAUUGCAGGGUUACAAUUUUUUUUGAAAAACUUGCAAGUGGAGUGGAGGCGUAUCUGUAGAUUUAGAGGGUUGAUGGAGGAGCUGCGUAAUUGGAGGGUAAACUCUUAGCUGCCUUGGACACGACUCAAACUCUUUAUUUUCAGUGUUCGUUUCAUGGACUGACAAUACCUGAUCCCAAAUCAACAUUCUUCAGUUCCUUUAGAAAAGUAUUAAUCAAGCUCCAUGAAUUCAAAUUUAUCCUUAGCUUAACAUGUAGUCUACCCUGAACCUGUCUUUGAAGUAGUGAAGAAACAACCAUGGAGAAGAGUUUUCUCCAUGUGAGGAUAAAAUGUUUCUAUUCCCCUACUUUCCUCUAGACUCACUCCUCUGCCAUGAUAUGAGCCAUACCAAGAAGGGUUCCUCACUUGCAGAACAGGAGAAGAGACUGAUUGAUUGAUUGAUUGAUUGAUUGUUGGCAAUAGAGCUUCACUACUUCAAAUACCACUUUUGCCUAAUUUAUGAAAGCUAAAAAUUCAUGCAUGUUUAUAUCAUAGAACUAAUGUUUUUCUUUUGAAAACUGCAGAACUGAAUUGCAGAAUUGAUCUGUUUCUUUUGGGUACUUGCGGUACUUUUUAAAGAAAAAAUGAUUAGUGCCUUGUGGUGUUAGACAGGCAGUUCUUUAGUGACAGAGCAAUCUCUGAAUGGUAUUAGUUGUCCAUAUGGCUCCUCCCUUCUCCCCCGCCCCGUCUCCACCAUUGUAUCAAUACUUUUCAUUUUUAAUGCACUUACGUGGAUUCUUACUCCAUUUCCAGUAUUCCAAGAAACUGCAUGGAACUGUAAAGGGAUUGGUCAGAUUGACCAGAGAAGCCACAGCCUCUUCAUCACUGAUCCACAUUGAUCCUAGAUCUUGCUCUGUCACUACCUGCUUCCUGUUGGGAAGUAAUUACAAUGGAUGUGACAUACUUAGCUCAUGAUUCUGGGAAGCAAAGGGGAAGCGGUAAGUUUAGGUAGAAGGAGCUCUUAUGAUGAAUAGGAAGUUCCCGAGUGAUAGUGGAUACCUAUGAAUUGUGGAGUCAAGGCAAUGAUUCCAGUAUGGAUUUUAAUGCAAAUUGAUAAUAUUGCAAACUGGAUCCAAAAGAGCAAUCCACUAGUCACUGUUUUAAAUCUAGUAUGUGAACUGGCAAGCUUUGCUGUCUGAUAGCUACCACUGUCCAGCCAUUUCUUGCUGAAUUUGCAUUUGUGAAGGGGACAAAAAUUUGAGUCCAGUUUGUAAUGGGGGAAAAAACCAUUUGCUUUGGGAGUGCCAGUAGCCAAACUAUAGACUGAAAGAGCCACAGAAGUGUUGUUCUCAAAGGCUGAAGCACUUUGGCAGAUGAAAUGACAUAUAAAGCAGAUUUCAUCUCUUGCUGAAGGAUCUGAAUCCUCCCUACUCAAAUGAGGAAAAGUUAGGUAGAGGGAAGGCUGAAGCUCUCAUGGUAUGCAGGUAGCCCAAGAUGGAUUGUGGCAUUGGAAACGUACCUAGGUGCUUCUAUUUGUGAGGUCAAAGUAUGGAAUCAAUGCAACAGGUUGCUAUUGCAGACUAUUCAUAAUGUGAAUCUGAGAUGUAGAACUUGUAGUUGCUUAUUGAAAAAAGAAAGACGAGACACCCAGCUGAGAAUUAUAUCAGCAGUAGGCAAUAGCUUAUUGCAUCAAACUGGGACAAACACUCAGGCUCAGGCAGACUACUCAUACCAUUGUGGCGUCUUCACUUCCCUUUUGCUAUUUUCAUGAUGGUAUGAAAUCAAGAUCUCUGUUUCUCCAGAGUUCAGCAGUUCCUGCUGCUUUGAGGCUUGUUUUUUUCCACUUCUCUGCUUGGGCUGUCUAGCAAGCUGCUGUGGGGCAUGAUGCAACCCUUCAGAAGUGCCUGUCAUGGGUCUGGAACCCAGGCGUGGAGGUGAUGGACUGGAGGGGAGUCUGUAGCAGACUUGGAGCCAAGUGUUUGUUCAGGAUUGUCAGCACAGAUGGUUUUGAGCCAACUGCCAGCUUGUCUACCAGGUUUACAGCUGUUCUAAUACAUUAAAACAGCUAAAAAUAUACCAUUCAACUUUUCCUGCAGUGACUUUUUCACAGAAGUACUGGUUACAGAUAAUAUGGAUGACAGUAAACAGGGAAGAAGAGGUCAAAUUUGACCACCUCUCUAUCAGGAACUCAUUUACCCUACAGAAGACUGCCUUCCCAUUCUAGCACUUAUUGGAUAAGAGUUAAUCUGUAAAUCUCAGCACCAAACCAUAUCCCUGUAUAAAGCAACUUGCUUGCUAAAUUGCUUUUUUUGGGGGGGGCGGUAGGUUCAUUAGUACUUGGAAUCUUUGCCUGAGUACCAGGCAAGUGGGCAAUAUGUCUUGAAAUGAUGUCAUAGAUGAAGGCUUGGAUGAAGAUACAUAGGAUGAGAUGCUGUGGAAAAUUUAAAUUCCCCACCCCACCGCUAGCCUGUUACUAGGCAGUUCAAAGCUGCUCUAGCUGAGCAGAACCUUAGCACUUCUCAUGGGUUUAAACCCUGAAUCCCAAAGAAGGGAAGAGUCCUUUGCCCAAGGUUGCACAGAUAUCAGCUCUCCUGGCCCUUUUUGAGCUACACUGCCUCUCUCUCUCUAGCACUUAUAGACUGAAGCGCUUCACCCUUUUUCAAAGCACUCAUCAAACAUGCCUUCUCAGCUUGUUAAACACAUGCUAAAUUGCAUUAAAAUCAACCACUCAGUUCAAAUUAAUUAGAGAGCUUCGGUAUAUACAAGAUAACGGUUCUGCAAACUGAAACCUAUGACUGGAUUUAAGACAGGAAUUCUGAGCGCUAGGUGCUUGAAUUCACCUUGAUUCUGCAAACACCAUGGCUUUAAAGUCCCCCCCCUUCUUUAUUUCCUGUUCCCCAUUCCCUUUUUCUGCAGUUUGCACCCCUGGUAGGGUGUUAGGUCCUUAAAAAAAUCAAAGACAAUGGAGACCAUAAUAUAAACUUAUAGUUUCUUUUGCAGGAUACCACCAAGGUCUACAAAAGCAGAAUGUCUGAAAUGUAAAGGACAUAUACAUGCUAGCUUUAUCUUAAUAUCUCUAGCAAUAAGAAAGCUGCAGGGGAGAGGGUACUGCAUAUGUCCUACAAUGUGAGAUCUAUGGAACUAAAAUAAAUGUUAGCAAUCUGACAUUAUUAGUAUUUUUACUACUGGAAAUCUGAGGAGUUGCUAAGCAGUUAUGUAGAAUGCUACAAUCUCUCCAAUACAUAUUUUUACAAAACCACCUCUCAUUUUUGCAGUUGAUAAGAACAGUUGUCUCUGUGAGUCUCCAGAGAACCUGGAACUGCAACUUGAAGAGGUGUGAUCUGCUGUGUCAACUCAAUAGAACGUGAUGGAAGUUUAGAUGUCACAGUUCAUUCCUUCUUAUUGUUCUCUUCCUCUGAACAUUUCAAUGUGGGCCCCUAUGCCAUAUGUAUUGAAGAAGAUCCUUGUUCAAAAAUACUGCAGUCUGGUACUGUUCUCUAUGCUUUUUAAAGACAUUCGACUCCUAGGAUCUCUUCUUGAAACAGGGAAAAGAAUUGGGCCAGAUGGUUUAAAGGGAAGAUGUGAGACAGGAUCCCUUGGACUGAUACAACUGAUUUAUCAUGCGAUCUUCAAGGGAAAUUACUUUCCAUACCUACUGUGAGCCAAAGACCUAGCUAGACACUGCUCUUUCCCCCUUUCCAGUUCAGUCCUUGAUCUCAAGAACACUUAUAUUUUUCCUCCUGUAAUAGUGACUGAAUACAGCUGUUCACCUUACAGGAAAAAAGUUUUCCUGCCCCCAUCAGCCAGCAUUUAGAUAUGUAAACACAGCUGGGUUCUUCACUCCACUGGCAGCAAGGGCAAUUUGACAUUCAGAAUUUUGUAGAUGGGUUUACUUUAUUAUUUCCCCCAACAAGAAUGGAUCCGAAGGAGGACCAUACUUUUCCCUAUUCAAUCUACUACAUUUUAUCUACAAAUGCAAGAGCUAUGAAUGCCCAAAUCUUUAUUCACAAAAGCAACAUGCUGUGGUACUUUUCUACAGCAGUGCAAACACAUACCAUGCACAAGGUAUUGUGUUUCUGGGGAUCUAGAGCUGCACUACCAAUAUUCUACACACGUCAUAUAAGCACAGACUCUGGCUUUGAUACAGAAUUAGGUUUCCUGAGAAGUUCAGCUUUCAUUAAAGCAACUUUUAUGUUUGCUGACUUAAAAGCCUUAGAAAUCAAAAGGAGUCCUGAGUAGGUCUUCCUGUAGUUAGAAGGCAAGUAUCUGUCACAUUUUAUGCCUCCUAGGCCUUUGUCUCUCUGCUUCUGGAAGUGGAAAAGGAGGAGAACAUGAGUCAAGAUGAUAAUGCACUCUCCCUUUGCUUUAUGUCAUGUUUCUGCUUUAUUGUGAUCCAUUACUGUUUCAGAAGGGCUUGUGUUAGAAGCUGAAAAUUUCUUAUACAAAUCAAUGAGCAGAUUGGAGUUUUGAUUCUGGGACUGUGACCAGAAUACUCGGACUGGAAUAGAAAUGGGAUAAUAAUCAAGUGAUGUAGAUAACUGUGUACCUGGUAAAGGAAAAUCUCAGUUCAAUUACUGUGACAUCUACUUGAGAGCAGUCCUUACCACUGGGGCAUCUUUCCCCAGUUAGCUAUCUAACCUAGCCAGCACUAUUUAGAUGUGAAAAUCUAAAUCAGAAUCUCAUUCAGCAUGACAAAAGGAUCACCUCAUAUUCUGCAAAAGUACUCCCUCCUAGGAUCCUCCAAACCUAAUUCUAAAUCUGUCAUGAUCAGCCAGAGUUGGCUUAUUUGUAGUUUUUAUCCUCAGAUGCUUAACUCUUAUCCUGUUUUAAGAUGGAGAUGUUCUUACAUGACCUGCUAUGGCACAAGGCCACAUACUUUGCAAUACAUAACCCUUCCCUGCUGGAAACACAGAGGGGAGAAGUACAUGACAAAGCUAUUUUUCAUUAAGCAUAAUUUCCUGUUGGUGGCCUUGCUCAGCAGUAGGGGGUAGGGGGAUAUAUCCACGUCAUUGUAGAAAACUGACAUGGACAUGAUCAAACUGGAUUUCUGGGAGUUGGGCUGCUUCCAAUGGGACAUCUCCAAAUGGCUAUUUUUGAAUGCAGUCUAGCUCUCCAAGAAACAGUUCAGUGCUGCAUCUUGCUGGUAUAGGCAGUAAGGAAAAGAGCGUAACUGUUUUCCAAGCACAUUGUAAUAGCAGACAUACAGAUUUAUUAUCUGAAACUUUCCUUGUGCUUGAACUAACACAAGGAAGAUUUUGUGGACUCUCAUCUAGGGAUGCUGUGACAAGAAACCCCUCAAGUUAUAUCAAAACAGUUCAGUAUGUUUGGCUAAAAUAUACCUUAUUGAUACAGAAAAUCUAGCAAUCUAACACAUUUAGAGUGAAUCCAUUGUCCUUCAAUAUGCAAAUAUAAAAGUUCCAGCAAAACAAAUAAAAUUUGCCCUUUUAUUCACCCAUUAGCCCAAUUUCCUACAGUCUGUUUCCUAAUUGUGCCCUAGUGGUCCAAGUAUUUAAACAUUCUUUUGAGAAAUAUGCAGUCCUAUGUAUGCUUACUCAGAAGUAAGACUUACUGUAUUCCCCUACUCCCAAGUAAAUCCGCUGAUUGCAGCCUUGGAAAGCAAUAAUGCAAUUCAUUCUAAUGUACAAUAAUAAUUCUGUAUAUGAAGGUCCAUAUUACUUUCGAUAUUAUGCAUGGAUGUGGCUCAUUCAUUGGGUACACGAAACAGCUGGGCAGGUCUCUCUGAAAUAUGGAUGCUUUCUUUCUGGGAUUUGGGUGGUUUGAGUCCCCCCUACUGCCCAGUGGUGCUAAACUGGAAAGACAAGAUCCAAAUCACCUGCUACUAUUGGCGCCCUCCAGUGGGAUAGUGUUUUGCUUUGGGUAAUCUGACUCACAAAAGGCAGACAGGCAUGGUUAUUUUUGGAUGUACGCUUGUAAAUAUAAGUCCUUCAAGUAUAUUAUUAUUUACUUUUGUUUAUGUUACUGUGCAUAAAUGUCAUAGAGGGAUGUGUGUGCCUGUGUGUGUGUGUGCGCGCGCUUGUGUGUGAAAAUGAAGAAAUGAAUUUAUAAGGAUGACGACACGGGCGAAGAAGUUUGUUUUUUAUUUUAAUCGCAUGACCAAAAGGCCAUUCACUGGUUAAGAUUGUUUUGUUUGUUUGUUUGUUUUGAUCACAUUACCAAACACAGCACUUGAACAUCAAAAUAAAAAUUAAAAAUAUAAAAAAAUUUAAAAAUAUAAAUAAAUAAAUGAGUUCAGAGCUUUUCACUCAAAUCCUGCACCUGGGACAUGCAUGCCUGUCAACUCAACCUUUCCAGAAGAAAAUCCAUUGGCUGUCUUUAAGACAAGAGGCUGCCAGUGAGGGGAAACUGUGAUUCAAAGGGGAAAGCUAAUGCCAAUACUGCAUUGUGCCAUAUACAAUAUGUAAUUUUAUUUCCCAAAAGGUGCAAGUUGGUUUUAGGUCCAUGGCUGGUGUGAAUCAACAGGACCUUCUGUUGUACUUGGCCAGUGUGUCCAUUCACACCUCUCCAUCAUCAACCUGAGCUGCUGCCUUUCUCUACAAAACAGAUGUCAGUUCACUUUGGAAGUAGAGGCAGUCCCAUCAGGAUAUCUGAGGAGGUCUCAGAGACUUUGCAGGAGCGAAGCAAAGCACCUGGACUUUAAAAUGCUGAAUGUCCACUGUAAAAAAUUCUGUACUGAGAGACUGCUUUGGGCUAAGGUACCAUUUGCACUAUGGAAGGUUAAAGAAAAUUUAAAGAGACUAGGAUGGAGUUUCCCUUUUGUGACACACCCUAGAGCUCAAGAAGAGAUACUUUUAUGUCUGUGCUUUCUCUUUUUGUAAUUGAUGUGUGUGAGGAUUAGUGCGUAUGAAUCUUGGUGUAGUUUCCGUCCUGCUGAAGGCAAUUCACUGUGUAUUUCUGCAAACCCAUCAAACACACUGUUGUAUCUGACUUCCAAACCACAAAGUGUCUUGCUACUGCCGUAUCACUGAAUACAACUGUCAUAGGACAAAGUAAUUAAUAGUCAGAUUUAUCUGAGAAAUACCAGCAGGGCAUUUCUGCGCAUCUUUGUGCUGUUAUGUCUAUUUGACUAUCCUUAGUAGUUACCUUCUCCUGAUAGAAGCUAUGUCUUAAAAUAACUAGUUUGGAGAAAAGAUGAAGCUGGGCUUUUAGCACAAUUUCAGAUUGCUUCUCAUUUAUUAGGAAAGCAGUAAUCUUUCUAGGAAAGACACAUACAUUUUUGCAGCACGUCAAGAAUGUGUCAACAGCUGGAAGCGGAUGGUGUCGUAAUUAGGACUAAGGGCCUGGGAGGACUCAAGAUUCCUGAACUUUUCUGUAAGCUUCAACACAAACUGGUGGAAUUUUGAAGCAAAUUAGCUUUAUAUCUUUGUCAUCUGUGGAAAAGGAGAUGUGACUUCUUUCACAGCAGUGUUGCAAAGCUUAAUUGGUUUAUGAAAAGCUUCACAGAGUCUACAGAUGAGUGGGGGGGGGAGUAAGGGCAUGGGAGUGAUUAAAUGAUUCAGCAUAAACUUCUUCAAAAACCCUCAGUGCUUAGUUAGUGUCUCUACUGGCAAUCAGUUGAAAUGAUUCACCAUUCCAUGCCAUGCCAUACUUUUUGACACUGUUGAAGUCAGUGUACGAACUGGUCUCAUAGCCAGUGAUCAGAUCAACACGGCUCUGGUAUGUUUUAUGUAACAGCUUUAGAGUUGGAGAAGAACAAUGUAGCAAAUGUUUUGCCAGGAAAACAGUCUUCCUUCCCCAUCUGGAAAAGUUGCUAGCUAUUCACUUUGCUAAAAAGUGCACAUAUUUUAGGAAGGUGUCCACCAUCACCUGCCCCUCAGGAUUUACUGACUCAAAACAGAACUAAAUUGAAGUGGCACUCAUUUAUGAGGUGGGGUCAGAACAACCGGGGACUUUAAACAGCUGUUCUUUUGCAUACAUUUUAGAAAACUAAAAGGAAAGCAAACAAAAAUAAGGAUUGCCUUGGCUAUUUCUCUUCUGUGUUGUAUAAACUAAAUUUGUUCUGUAACUGGCUUUAAUCUGUCACGUAUAUCAUAACCAUUGCUUCUGUUCCAAUUUCUCUUUGUCCUUUUUUAGAUUUUUUUUGUACAAUAAAUAUAUAUAUAGCAGAAAA